AUGUGGAAAAUAUGCCCAGCUCCCUAUGUGACGUUCCUGAGUAAACGCGGAUCCACAGUCUACAGUAGAGUGACACCGGAGAUUGACGAGCUGCUUGCAUUAAACCCACGAGUUCAGAAAUUUGCAAAAGUCAUCCCAACUGCAAUCACCAGAGAGUCAGCUUUGUGUUAUUCCCUCAAUAUCCUGCUUAAAGUUAACAAAACCCAUAGACUCAACUCAACGUUGAAAUACUUUUAUAACUAUUUGUCCUUGGGUUAUUCUGACCAGAAAUGCUGUUUGCUGCUUAAAUCAAGAAGUAGUGUAACACUGUACCAUUCAGACAAAUCAUCGCGGUUUGCCU